AAGCGCUGCAGGUAGGUCCUGAACAGUUGAGUUAUUAAAGUCGACAUUUGAUCGUUUUUUAAAACAGAAGCUGUUUAUUUUCUCCGUGUUUGAGGAAUAAAAACUCCUCUCUGUUUUAAAUCCUCAGGAAUAUUAUGAUGAGUUCCUCAGGAGAGAGCCAGCUCUGGGUCAGGAAGUCUCGGGCUCCUGGUCCUGCUCGCUCCCAGCUGUGUAAGGAGGUUAAAACAGAGCCUUCAGACGGAGGGAGAGAAGUGUGUGUGAAAACUGAGGAGACGAACGUCCUCGGCCCCGGAUGCGACUUCAACGACCUACCUGAAGUCAUCUCCAUUAAAAAGGAGGAAGUGGACACUGAAGACUACCUCUACUGUGAGGUCUGCAAAUCCUUCUUCUUCAACAAGUGUGAGGUUCAUGGUCUGGCGCUCUUCAUCCCUGAUAGUCCCGUUCCCAUGGGAGUUGCUGACCGAGCCAGACGAACUCUUCCUCCUGGACUAGAGAUCCGGAAAUCUGGCAUUCCCGAUGCAGGUCUGGGAGUGUUUAAUAAGGGCGAGACUAUUCCAGUCGGUGCACACUUUGGACCAUACCAGGGAGAGCUGGUAGACCAAGAGGAAGCCAUGAACAGCAGUUACUCGUGGGUGAUAUCCAGGAGCAGGCAGUGUGAAGAGUAUAUAGAUGCUAAGAGAGAGAUGUAUGCUAACUGGAUGAGAUUUGUCAAUUGUGCGUAUGAUGAUGAUGGACAGAAUCUGGUGGCGUUUCAGUACCGAGGGCGGAUUCUCUACCGUUGUUGUCGAUCCAUCCAUCCGGGACAGGAGCUCUUAAUGUGGUAUGAGAAGGAAUAUCCCAAAGAUAAGAGCCUUUCAUUUGAGUACCUCUGGAACAAAAAGUGUUCUGCAAAUGUACCCGGCGCUCUGGUGGAAGUUGUCUCCUGCUCCUUGUGUUCACUUUCCUACACAUCUCAAAUUUAUCUGGACAAACACAUGCGGAGAUGCCACAAUGAUGAUUAUGUGAGACUGAAGAAAUUGAGAGAGAUCAGAAGUGAAACUCGGGCGGCUGUGAAAUCCUCGAUUAAUCAGCAAACUUCCGCUACUCUCAAUUCCAGCAGCACUCACAACGAAAUGAAAAAAGAUGUUCACCACUGCUCAGAUUGUGGAAAGGGUUUUACUCACCCGAGUUCCCUCCAUCGACACCAGCGCAUCCACACAGGGGAGAAGCCUCAUCGGUGCUCGGAGUGUGGCAAGAGUUUUACUGAACACAGUGCUCUCCAGCUCCACCAGCGCACCCACACCGGGGAGAGGCCUUAUCACUGCUCGGACUGCGGGAAGAGUUUCGUUCACCCCAGUAACCUUCGGAAACAUCAGCGUAUUCACACAGGAGAGAAGCCAUAUUACUGUCCACAGUGUGGGAAGAGUUUUACUCAGCAGAGUCAUCUCCAGCAGCACCAACAUAUCCACACGGGGAAGAAGCCGUACUACUGCUCGCAAUGUGGGAAGGGUUUUAACCGGCAGAGUCAUCUCACACUACACCAGAGUAUUCACACGGGAGAGAAGCCCUAUCACUGCUCACACUGUGGGAAGAGCUAUAAUCACCAGAGUAGUCUUCUAAAACACCAGCAGAUCCACACAGGAGAGAAAGCCUGUGACUGUUCAUAGUGUGGAAAGAGCUUUGGUGGACAGGAUCAACUCCAAAAACAUUGGUGCAUUCACACUGGCAUAAAGACAUCUCACUGCUGAUGGCACAUCUCUAAACCCUAGAUGAAGGUAUGUGAAGAUCUGAAUGUCACACCUGCAUGGGCCAUAAAGGUGGAUGGCACUGGAGAGUGUAAUAAACAUUUACUACUUCUUGUGCAAUGCCUAUACACUUAUUUAAGUACAACCAGGAGAAUACAUAAGAGAAGAAUUGUCCAGUUGUAAAAUAGUAAACACUUGAUCAUGGUUGCAGAAAAGACAUCAGGUUUUCCACAUUGAACAAUAAACUGGAAAUUCCAGGUAGAAGUGGAGCAUCAAGAUGGAUCAGGCCAGUGUUCCAGGAUCAGGCACUGGCAACACAUUACUAUAUGUACACACACACACACACACAAUGGCAGAGAGAAAGGGGUGAGAUUACUGAAUGGUGUGCAUUAUGAACAGAUUGCAAACAUCUCAACACUUCACCGUCUCAAACCUGAGUGAACAUGUGGUGGAGCGUCCAAACAUCCCUGUUUACCAACAUUCUGUAUGUCUAUGCCUUUACAGACAAGACCAGCUCUUUAACAAAUAAAAAUAGGUUUUCAGCCUGGA